AUGACAGCAGAGGAGGGAAGCACUGGUGCAUCUCCAACACAAUCCCCCGAUGUGAGUGUGACACCUGAAGUUAUCACUAAGGCAAAAACAGAGGACCCAGGACCUGAUACUACAUUGGAACCAGCCAGUACAAUGACAGCAGAGAAGAGAAGCACUGGUCCACAAUUCCCUGGUUUGACUACGACAUACAGUUUAACUACUGGAAUUACUUCACCUGAAAACAUCACUAAGGCAAAAACAGUGGAACCAGGCACUGAAACUACUUUGGAACAAGCCAGUACAAUGACAGCACAGGAAAAAAGAACGAUCAUACCCCUAACUCAAUCUGGUGAUACUAUAACAUACAGUUCAACUACUGGAAACACUUCACCUGAAGCCACCACUAAAGCAAAAACAGUGGAAUCAGGCACUGAUACUACACUGGAACCAGCCAGUACAAUGAAAACAGAGGAGAAAAGCAUUGGUACACCUCCAACACAAUUCCCUGGUGUGACUAUGACACACAGUUCAACUACUGAAAUUAUUUCGCCUCUAGCUACGACUAAGGCAACAACAGGGGAACAAGUCACAGCCAGCACAUUGACAUUAGUGGUAAGAAGCAGUGGUUCACCUCUAACACAAUCUUCCGGUAUGUCUGUGAUAUCCAGUUCAACAACUGGAAUUGCUUCACCUGAAGUUACCUCUGACGCAGAAACAGUCGAACCAGUCAGUGAGACUUCAUUGGAACCAGUCAGUACAAUGAAGUCCUUGGGAAAAAGCACUAAUAUACCACCAACACAAUCUCCCGAAUAUAACUGUCCUGAUCCGGAGCUGCAACCACCAGGUCGAUUUGAUCCAAUGGUCACAUUUCCUGCUGAUCCUGGUACAAUACUCUACAUUCAAUGUCAAGAGCCACUAACACUGUUCGGAAGCAGUAACCUAACGUGUAAUGGAAUGACUGGCACUUGGAGUGACGAAACACCAAUUUGCUCCAGUACGAGUACGGUGGACGUAACAACAGAACUAGUUAUAACAGAUAUUGGUAAUAAAACUCAAGAGGAACUAGAAGAAACCAUUCUAGAAUGGCUCUUUGAAUUUGAAACAAGUGAAGUAGAAGUUAAGCCACAGUUGAUACAUUUAGAAAUGGACAAUGAUACAGCUAUUGUAGUAAUUGUUCUUAGUCUGAAUGAGACUGAUUCUUUAGAAAUUAUCGAUGAACUAUUGGUAAAUGUAUCAAAGGAAAUUGAAGGCAUUGUUAUAACACCGGGAGAAUUAGAAAUUGUUACAUCGUGUCACGUUACGAUGUGUGAUAAUGGAGGAAUCUGUACAAAUGAAUCGAGAACAUCCUGCAGCUGCCCGAAUGGGUACUUUGGUACAUUCUGUGAACUGCAAGAACUGACUACGAUACUUCCCGGAACGUCGAGACUGACAGCAACAUCAACUCCAGUAAAACCAACUACGACUAUUUUUACGACUGUCAUUGGUUGUCCUGAUUUGGAACUAGAUAACUCUAUUAUAUACGAUCCGGCAGUAACAUUCCCAGCGCAGUUUGGCACAACAAUCUACUUUUCCUGUCCGCCGAAUAUGAUAUUGGUUGGACCAAGUAACUUGACAUGCGAUAGUACAAUUGAAACAUGGGACGGGGAUACUCCAAUUUGCCUAAAUGGCUGCGAUGAGCUCGAAUUGCCAGAUAAUUCCCAAAUAGCGGACGGUUAUACCUUACCUGUUCAAACUGGUGAUUUUGUCAUGAUCGAGUGUGAUUCUAAUUAUACAAUGUAUGGUAACGACACCAUUAGAUGUCAACUGAAUGGGGAAUGGUCUGAGUUACCAACGUGUGAAGUUAUCACAUGUGGACGUCCAGUUAUGCCUUAUGACGGAUUCUUGUUAGGGAGAAUAAAGUUUCCAGUCAAGGUUGGAAGAACAGUAGAAUACGCAUGUAAUGAUUCAUUCGAACUAGUCGGGCCUAUAUAUACUACAUGUAACGCAACAUUACAAGAUUGGGACCAAGAUCAUCCUUAUUGCGUUGAUGAAGAUAUUGGUACAGUUGAAGUCCAAGGAGAGAUUUUGAUCACUGAAAUCGAUGGCAUUCCGAUUGAUUUGAUAGACCCUGAACAGUUUCCUGAUCCCCAGGAUAUUCUCGAUUUGCUUAAUGAGUUGUUUAAUAACAACAAUGUAACUGGAGGUGACUAUAUUGGUGGGGAGAUUAUUGAUAUUCAUCCAAGAGGUCCAUAUUUGGUAGUCGACUUCAUAUUGGAAUUGAAUUCAACUGUGACAGUAGAUAUAGUGGAACAAAUCAUAGAAGAAGCUAUAGAGGAUGGCGACUUUGGAAAUUUUACAGUGGACCCUACAUUUUUUGCAUAUGCGCCAGUGUGUCCGGACAAUUUCUGUGAGAAUGACGGCAAUUGCACUAUACACUAUGCAAACAGGACUCUUUCGUGCAGGUGUACUGAAGGAUUCACUGGUAGAUAUUGUGAAGAAGAGGUAAAAGUCGUGACAGUUAACGUGUUAUCACCAGAUCCAGACCCAUUGGAUCCAAUCCUUGAAGUAGCUGGUGGAAUAGCAAUAAUGGCUGCUAUUCUCAGCUGCUGCACAAUACCAAUGGCUGCAGCAGUGUUCAGAAGACGACGUAACCGCCAGAAGAAGCUGAUACAGGAACUGCACGAAGAUAGCAUCUACGAGUCAGAAACUUAUAGCACCACCGACAAUGUAAAUAUCUCAAGCGAAGAAUAUAAUGAUGAUUACAGCGAAGGAAACAUGUACACAGUGGAUUUGAUGGAUACCGGACCGAAUACUUACCCUGUGUUGAGUAAAGGCAACUUUUACGACGUAUUGGACCCACAUAAUAUAAAAUAA